GCGACACCAUCUCGUUUCCUCGUUUCCACUAUGACGUGUUUGCCGCCACUGACUCCGCCGACACCGCGCGGGAUGGCGUCGACGGUCCUAAUGUGUCACUUAGAACAUCCUCAUGACAGGAACAGAGCUGUGGGUCGCCGCGACUCGUGGGACGGUGGGGCAGCGUGGUGUCCGACUCCAGAUUACUCGGGUAAGGCGUCAUUUUGGAGCGUAGCGCAGCGGACUCCGCACACUACAACAUGGUACGCAUAUAAAGAGAGCACUUUGCAAUCCAUGGUCUCUCCUGUAAUCUCAACUUUACGAACCGUCACGACUCACGACCUCACUCACUCACUCAACAUCUCAACACAAUGCCCCUUUUUAAGAGCAAGGCCCAGAAGGCUCAGCAGGCCCGCGACGCCGAUGCCACCCACCAUGACAUGAACGACCCUCAUACUGCACCUCAUGGUCACGGUGCUGGUGCUGGUGCUGGUCCCGGUGUCGGUGCUGGUCCCGGUGUCGGUGCUGGUCCCGGUGUCGGUGCUGGUCCCGGUGUCGGUGCUGGUCCCGGUGUCGGUGCUGGUCCCGGUGCUGGUGUUGGUGCUGGUGCUGGUCCCGGUGCUGGUCCCGGUAUUGGCGCGAACGACUACGCGCAGAAUAACAAUGUCCCGGGACAUACUAACGCAGUUGGCCGUCACGAAGGCGGUGGCCGUCACCACGACAACGUGAACGCCAACAACGCUCCCCCGGGAUACACAGGCACCGGUCACCACAACGGCGGCCCUGUCGACCGUGCCGAGCAGCACGUCGAGAAUAUCGUCGGCGCGAAGGCCGUGCGCAACCAGGCUGGUGAUAAGGAGUCGGAGGUGAACGCCAUCAAGGCGCAGAGCGCAGAACUUACAGAGGCAGAGCGCCUUGAGCGGGAGGCGAAGAUGCAUCGCGACCGUGCUGUUGCCGGUGGUGCACACCCCGCGAAUCAGCGUCUCGGCGCUGGUUGGGCGAACUAA